UUCCCGAUAACGCAUGUCCUUCUGGCGACUACUUAUUGGUACGACGUAAUGACCAAAUUGAUGAAGGAGACGGUCAUGUUCGCCCAAACUGCCAACAGUUAGUUCUUGGUAUACUAACAGAGCAUAUGUUGCACACCCCAGAGCAAUGCUUCAAUCUUGCGUGUAAGGUAAAGGCCAAUGUUGUAUACUACGUUCCAAAAGUGGAGUGUGCAGCGUAUACAUGUGAAUCAGAUUCGAAUGGAUUAGACUGGGCAUACGAGUGGACGUAUACCGGGACUGCUUCGGGGAGGACAUAUGCACGGCCACAUAGUUAUGCAAAGUCGUGUCACAAUUCACAUUUCAUGAACAGAGCAGUGGCGAAUGUUCGGGCCACGUGUUUUCAAAUUUCAAUUACGAUUGUUAAGAGCUUAUCAGAAUGUAUGGAAAAGGCAUGUUUGGGCAAGGCAAACACUUUCAACUUAAUCGUCAAUCAUGGAGCAAAUGAAGAAAUGAUUUGUGAAACACAGCACUGUGGAUGGAAUGUCACCGCGAACGAUUAUAUAUUCAAUCUACGGCAAAAUGAAAAUGGACUUUCUGAGGUAUAUGGUCUUUCUCAUACGAUCAAAUCUUGUAGAAAUUUACUAAAGACUCAACCAGUCGAAUUCCCGGUGCUUCUUCCCGGUCGAUGUGGAAAUCCUGGUUAUUUCAAUGCACAGUUGUUAGAAUCGCCAAACCAUGAAAUACCAAAUGACUUUUGCGAAUCGGGAUCAAAUACAUUUAUACACAUAAACGGGGAUAAUAAUUAUCUUGCGUAUAAAUGUAAUUCAAACCACGAAGGCACACAUUGGAAAUUCUAUGACAACAAAUGUUAUGGCGAUGGGGUAUUUGUGAAAUGGUGGAUUGUUCCUCAUCCUGGUACCCCAAAUUGCCAAUCGAAUAUGUUUACGCUCAGGCGUAUGGGGGCAUCCUGUCAAAAGUCCACUUGUGACCCGAGUGGUUCCAAGAAAGUCUCGACUGCUCGAGAUUUACGCCAAUGCAUGCUACAUGCGUGUGAGAAAGGCUACAAUGUCAUUAACUAUUUUAGUAAUGCAACCGUUGUUCUCUGCGAGCUACGGGAAUGUAAUAGAUUUGAAAGUGGCGACUAUGACUUUCAGUACGAAGCUACGGGUGGAACCCAUGGUUACGAUGUCUAUGCAUUACAGCCUUACUCUAGCAUCUGUAAUGGUCAUGCAACUAACUUCCUGUACGCAAAAGACAUAAUAUCGUAUUAUGCCAAUCUUGAUAUAAAAUGAAAAAUAGAUUAUUUGCCAAAAUAGAACAGCAAUGAUAAAAUGCUUACUCGGGUGAAAAAUGACAAAGGAAAUAAUUUACUGAAUGAGAACUAAAUCAAGCGUUGAAACAUUAAGUAUUUUGACAAGUUCAAAGUUCAAGUUUCAAGCGUCGGUAUUUCCAGGAAAGGAGGAUUUUGUCCAAAGUCAUUUAUUUUAGAGAUCAUUAUGAAUCAAAAAGGAUAAUCUUGAGUCAAGAUUUUAUGGUCAUUACAAUUACCCCUUUGGUUGAUCUUAUGUUGAUGAUAGGCGUGUCAUAGACGUAAACUAU